AUUUAAACCAGUUAAACCAACCGGUUGACCGAGUCACCGAGUUGGCUCACCGGGUCGAGUCGGCCGAGUUGGCGAGUCGCCGGCGAGUCACCGGCGGCGAUGGCGGAGGGUGGCGGAGGCUUACCGGAAAAUUAACGGCGGUGACGGCGGCUUCCCGGCGGCGGACGGACGGUGGCCGGGCACGGCGGCUCCGGCGAGCUGGUGGUGGUGACGGCAGCGCGUGCGUUUCACGCGCGCGCGGAGGGCGAUCUUCUGUAGGUGCGUGAGGGCUCGUCCGGACUCCGAUUGCGGCGUGAUCGGUGGCUACGGCUUUGUCUUUACGAGAGGAACACGAUGGUGGUCUUGCAUGCACUAGAUGAUCAAUGGUUAGGAUGUUAUGGGCGAUUUACUAAACGGAAACGAAACUGAAACUUAAGGCAUGCGGUUUCUGGCGUUACCUCGGGCGGUUAUCGGUGGUGGCGAGCUGAACGUGAUCACGGCACACGGUUGCUCCGGCGACGAGCUCCGGCGACUCUCUGGCUACAAAAUAAUCACACUUCCUCUUAGCUCAUUCUCUCUCUACUCUUUCUUUUUGAUGAAGUUUCUAAGAAACCAAAGUGGAAAGGUGGGUAUUUAUAACAAAAUACCUUGGGCUUCUGAAAAUGGUUUUGGGCUUCGAUGUGCUGAGUCUGCUGGGCCAGAACUUGGAUCAUUACAAGUUUUCCAAGUUUUUAGGCUAUUCGGGUUUAAACUUUCUGCUGGUAACGCAAUUUUCAGUUACGAAAAAAAAAUAUUUGUUUGCAUUUGACGUAACGCAAUUUUGUAUAUUUACGUCUCAAGAUGUGUUUAACAAGUUCAAAGACGAAAAAAAAAGAAAACAAGUUCAAAGACGAGGAUGGUAAGUUCAAAGCACACUUAGCAGCAGAUGCAAGGGGCCCGUUAAGCUUAUAUGAAGCUCCACAAUGGAGUACUCCUAGAGAAGACACUCUUGAUGAAGUUCUCGCUUUCUCAAAGGCUCAUUUAGAAGAAAUUUCUUCUCGAUCUAGCCCUCAUCUCGCAAUACGCAAACGCCCAAAAACAUCCAUUUCACAAAGGCAUCUCUAGGAUAGAAACGAGGCAAUAUAUCUCAUACUACGAGGCGGAAGAGAAGUGUGACGAAACAUUACUUGAGUAUGCAAAGAUUGACUUUAGUUUGCUGCAAAUGCUGCAUCGCCAAGAGCUUUCCUGUGUAACAAGGUGGCUUCCGGAAGCCCCUAAGGGGAUACCUGACAGCAUGAAACAUCUUUACCGUGUCACAAUAGAUUUCUAUGAUAAACUCGAGGAGGAGCUUGAGAUGCAAGGAAAGUCAGGUUGUGGCUCACAUUUUAAGAAAUCAUUGAAAUCAACAGCCAAUGGAUAUAUGCAAGAGGCGAAGUGGUUGAGAAAGGAUUACACUGCCAAAUUUGACGAGUAUAAAGAGAAUGCUAUCUUGUCUUCCGCAUACUAUACCAUGAUGGCCAUGACAUUUGCGGGAAUGGGAGAUUUCACGAAACUUGAUGCUUUUGAAUGGUUAAGCUCCCAUCCUAAAAUAAGGGUAGCUUAUGAUAUAAUAUGUCGAUUCACAAAUGACAUUAGCAGCUACAAGGUGAGCACCAACAUCUGAUUUUGAUCUCCUAAAUAUAUUUUAAGUAGGAUGUCAAAUGGGUGAUCCGUGUCCAAAACAUAAUGGGCCAAUCGUGGAAAUAGUCAUAUACGAAGUGUAAUCAAAUGGCUAAGCCCAAUUUUGUCCGUGGAGAAAAAUUGGAUGGAUUGCGUAGACAUUGGUUUGUCCAAAAUACUUAAAAUUGGGUUAAAAUGACUUGGAGGAAGUCAUCAAUGUUCACACAAAUAAAAUUUUCAUUUAGACAUGGAUGGUCCAUUGAAAACAUUUGUUUGCCAAAGUAUUGAAUAUAUUUGACAUGUUAUAAUUGCAGUUUGAACACAAAAGGGAGCAUGUAGCGACAUGCAUUGACUGCUAUAUGAAGCAAUUUUGUGUUUCUAAGGAACGAGCCGUUCAAGUAAUCACGAACAUUGUUUCAAAUGCUUGGAAGGACUUGAACCAAGAGCUAAUGAGGCCUCACUCAUUUCGUUUGCCUUUCUUGAUCAGAAUUCUAACCUUUCGCGUGUCAUCGAUGUUUUUUAUAGGUAUACAGACGCUUACACCAACCCCGAGUUCUUGAAAGAGCACAUUGUAUGUUUGCUCAUUGAAAAUAUCCCCAAUUGAGAAUGUUCUGGUGGUGGUGAUUAUACCAAUCUAUGGAAAUGGUACUGAUCCAUUACGCAAACCCAAUGAUGGCCAAAUUAAAUUUUCGUAUUAUGACAGUUGAACUUUGUCACUGUCCACCAUAUGUUUGUUUGUAUUUUUCAACCCAUUCCUAAAUUUAUAAUUAUUUCUGCUACAUUUGUACUUAUUGUUAGUAGUAAAUUAUUUCCUA